CAGUUUGCGUAAACAGAUAUCGCAAAUCAGCUUGCUAUAUAAGAGUGUUUUAUUUAACUGAUGUUAUUAAAUUUCAACACAAAUAAUUAGUUGCACUACAGAGUUAAAGAUGCUCGGGAAGAUCUUGCUAUUCGUUGUGAUUGCUUUGCUCGACCCAUGUUCAGGCUGGUCAUUCUGGGGACGAAAUCAAUCAGACUGGAACGGACUUAAAGUCACGUGGGGUUUAAAUCCCUGGACCUCGUACAAUGACAUGCCGAGGACCAGGGACGCCGCGCUAGUGGACGGCUGGCGGAAGCUCGACGCCGGAAGUAGAUGCCAAGGCGACCACGUGGUCGGAGAGAGGUUCGUUAAGAAUGGAGAUCUCGGGGUGGUACUUUUGUACGACAAAAAUGGCUUCAUAGCCGGAAUCCAGGCAGGGGUAAGUGGCUUCAUAGCCGGAAUCCAGGCAGGGUUUGACAAAGCCUACAUGCCGAACCCUAACGGGUACCCAUUUCAACCCCUAGUGAACGCCCCCUUUGUGGAAUACCCGCGUCCGGGCGGUGGGUCAGACCUCUUCGUCACCGCGUAUUUUGUUCCUCCAGAGAAGAUCUGCAGCACCGGAAGGAACGCUGAUGAAUUCCUCCGCCAGGGGACCGGCGUUGGUCUAUGGAUUCAGAACGGAAAGAACCCGCUUACUGACUCAGUGCGCAUGCCCCCAACCAUCGAAGCCGCCCGCAAGAGUCAGUGGACCGAGGGCGCUUGCUUUUACACAAUGGGAGUCCACUUCUGGCACAAUACCAGCAAGACCAUGUCAUGUGAUGAGUUAUUUCCCGUGUUUCUCAUGUACAACGACGGUGUUUUGAACGCGUUCGGCUGGGCGUUCGGCAUGGACAUCCGGUCGUCUGCCUGGCUGGAGCACCCACCUAAGAACUCAUAUGGGCACUUCAUGAAGGUCAUUCCGGACUGCUUGUACAGACUGGGUACACUGACCACUCUCCACAUCUACCUAACGGACAGCGCCCUCGCGGACAGGUGCUGACCAGGGGGGGGGGGGGGCUCGAUCCAAGCCGCGGACUUGACCAUGCGUGUUGUGGAUAUAAAUACGAUGGAAAAGCAGUUUUAUUCUCAAUAACCCUGUAAAGAUGCACCAAUACCAAGUGUAUACAUGUGAUUAUACAAUUGAUAGAGCCAUUUUGUGGACUUAUUAACUGAUGUGCAUUACAUUCACGAAGCGGACUAUAGUAACGUAUAUAUUUUGUGCACUGAUAGAAUGGUGUUAGCUAAAUUGAUGUAAAUGUAGUGUGUUUAUAAUGUUGUUCAAAAGUCACGGCUCGGAAUGCAUGCAAAUAAUCAUAUGAAUACCACAUUUUAAGAAAUGUAAAUGGAAAAAACAUUUGUCUUGGAAAUAAAUCAGUUGACCUAUUUGGUACGUAGUUUAUAAUUCAACGGUAGAUUCUAACAAUGGGCAAUGCAUUAUGGAAUAAAAGCUUACACCAGAA